UUUUACAUUUCCUCAAGAUCUUUUUAGGGUUUUACUCUGCCUCAAAGUUUCUUUAUGAUCAUGAUGAGAAUUGAAGAAAAAGAUGCUUAAUUGUAAUUUUUAGAAAUUCUUUUCCUUUUCAAUUAUUAGGUGAUAGUCAGAUCGUGAUGGUGAAGGCAUAUGCUCAAGAGCACAUUUACAAGCAUCCAUGGGAGCGAGUAACUUCUGCUUCUUGGCGUAAGUUCGCUGAUCCUGAGAACAAGCGGACGUUGUCUCACAUCCUUGAAGUUGAUACGUUGAAUCAUAAACUUGAUUCUCUCUCUGGUAAGCUCUACACUACACGUGCUCUUACCAUCCAUGCUCCAGGGCCAUGGUUUGUUCGCAAAAUCAUCGGCCAGGAUAUCUGCCACUGUGUUGAAACAACUGUUGUUGAUGCCCAAUCUAAGUCGAUGCAACUUACAACCCGUAACGUCAGUCUUCAGAAGUUUAUAGAGGUAGAGGAGAAGAUAAGGUAUGAUCCUCACCCUGAUAAUCCAAUGGGAUGGACGAUUUGUCAACAGGAGACUAGUAUUCGUAUUAAGCCGUUAUCAGCUCUGGCAUCCAUGGCUGAAAAAGUCGAGCAACGAUGUGCUGAGAGGUUUAUGCAAAAUAGUGUGAAGGGUAGAGAGGUUAUGGAGAGGAUCUGUAGGUACCUUGAAGCUGAAUCUAGUGGGAUGGCUCUAUAAUUCCCCUCUUUCUGAAUCCUCGGCUGCUUCUCUGGUGGAGUAGGAAAUAACAGAAGAAUGAAAGAUGCAAAACCCUGCAAGGUUUAGGUUUGAUUUUGAAUGCCCUUUUAGGACUUGGUGCAAAUUUUGGUGUAGCCCAUAUCUAAUUUGGGAAUAAUACUCUCCUUAAUUCUUUUGUGAUGAGAUUCGAUUUACUU